GAGGGGGCGCUGGCGGAAAGGCAGGGGAAGGGGGGGAAAUGGGGGGAAUGGUACCCAUAGACUACUGGUCCGCGCAAGCCCAGGCCCAGGCCCAGGCUCAGGCACAAAUGCACCAAGCAGCAGCAGCUGCAGCAGCAGCAGCAGGGCAGAUGGGGCCGGGGGGGCAGGGAGUGGGCAUGGCAGGCGGAAUGGGGGGGAUUCCCGGAGUGGGGGCGGGCGGGGGGGCGGCGGGGGGAGCAGGGGGGGCUGGGGGGAUGGUUGGCGGGGGAAUGGGUGCUGCUGCUGGUGGCAGUAGUGGUGGUGGUGGUGGGGGGGGCGCAGGGGGAGCAGGGGGAGGGAAGAAGCGGAGUGCGGUGGUGAGAGGAGGGGGAGGGAUGGGAAUGUCAUCAGACCUAUGGGUGCACUCCGACGACCGUGAGGUGAAGAAGCAGCGCCGCAAGCAGUCUAACCGAGAGUCGGCACGGCGGUCGCGGCUGCGCAAGCAGGCGGAGUGUGAGGAUCUGAUGGGGCGGGUGCGGGCGCUGACGGACGAGAAUCAGACGAUACGAGUGGAGCUACAGCGCAUGCAGGAGGAGUGCCACAAGAUGGCGCAGCAGAACGCCCUCCUGCAGGAGAGGCUAAAUGGCAAGGCAGCACCAGGCGGCCCGUCCUCACACUCCCCAGGCCCCUCAGGCCUCCACCCUGCCACCGCCCUCCCUCUGCCAUCCUCGGGACUUGCCCCCUACGCGCUGCCGCCGCACAUGCCACCAGAUGCAACCGCAGCCGUUGAUCCUUCCGGAGCUGUGAUGCCAUUGGCCGGUGCGCCCGGUGGUGAUGUGAAUGGUGCGCUAGUGCCUGUAGGCCAGCAGCAGUUGCAGCAGGGAGGGGCUGGGGGAGGGAUGUUGGCAGUUGGCAAUGGUGGUGGGCAUGGAGGGGAGGGGUUAGGUGCUGCAGGUGCUGCCGUUGGAGCAGCAGCAGGGCGGUUAGGGCAGGGGAGUGAAAAGAACAAUGUUGUGACUGCUGUUUCAUAA